AUGUAUCAGCCUCCCGCAACGAGGCUUCCUGGUAACCUUUCGAACUCUUCCUGUCCUUCCUCCGUAAUAUCGAAACACAGACAACAGAUUAUCGUCACGCCAACGGGUCAUGAAGGACGGGAGUAUGGUUUCGGGGACACUAGUGCAGGUACUGAUAUGGAGGUAGUAUCUUCAUUCGUAUCGACGUCGAUGUCAUUAAAAUCCCGCGAGAGACUAGGAGAACCAGGGCACCAACAGGGUCGGACGCAGAAAACAAGAAACUGCGCAGGUGGUGGCUUGCUGUCCGCCCAAAACGCUUUGAUCAUGGACAAACAGACAGGUUCAAUCCUCAGGUUAGGUUAUCAGGGGGGUUUCCAAGAUCGGGCGCGCCCAGUCCAGGCCAGAUGCAGUUAA